GAUUACCAACAGAUUUCCAAAAUACUACACCAUCAAGCAAAUAGGGCCGGUCAUCCCUGAACGUUCCCAAGUUACUAACUACUGUAGUUAAACUCUGAGUGGAGUGGCUUGAGCCGAUUAUCACACCAGAGAAGCGCAAUAAAGUCAACAUAACAUAUUAAACAACAAUACCGUCUCAUAUAUCAACAUAGAUCCAAAAUGGCGCUCAAUUGAGCGCUUCACAACACAUCCCGCAAUUUAUUUGUGCCCAGCGCCCUUGACCCUUGUUUGCUCUUCUUCUCCUUUCCAACUUUGGAUAUCAGUGUGAAUCAACGUAUUGUAUGCCCACCAUCUGAGGGCAGCUUUGAAUCAUGGUAUCAAGGAUGGCCGUGACACAGGCCAUUCGCGCAGAGACCACCGGAGACGAGCAAAUGGACUUGCUUAUUUUCGCGGCGCUCAUGCCCGAAACCCAGCUGGCUGUUCUUCAGGAAGCCGACACCAACAAGUUCAUCGUGGACUUUGUGCGCGGGCUAAAGGCCGCAGGCGUGACGGCCGCAGCGGGGAGCACGGCAGCUGCUGAACCGACUCAUCUGCCCUCGACUGGGUUCGCCAGCGCUGUUGGCCAUCCAUCAAUCCUGAUAACUAGCCUUGCAGCUUACAGCAUGAUAACCUAUGAUAUCUUCGGCCCCACCAGCCUGCAUGUACUACAGCCUGUGGACCAGGCUUUCCAUCAUGCCGUGCAGGCGAGCAUUGACCCUGAGCUCCGGAGACAUCUCUUUGGAGAGGUACUCAGCAACUGGUGGAUCAUGGCGGGCAGCUUGGGGUGGAUUUUCACCACCGCGACAGCGCUUAGUCGCUACAAUCCGCUGGCAUGGCAAGCUUGCGCUCUAGGCUGGGCCUUAUGGAUAUUCGGAGUGGGUCCAAUCGAACAUGACCCCGCGCUGAUGGAAUUCCUCAAAACCACCUUUGACCGCGUUCGUCCCUCUCCCGUACGUCGUACACCUUCCUUCCCAAGCGGUCAUAGCGCCGCUGCCGUACUGGUGGUCGGAGCGCUGCUGUUCGUGCUGUUGCCUGUGGUGUAUGGCAGACGGCCUGCUGCCGGCGGCCGGGAUGCCGCGGCGCAGGGCGGGGGGCCCGACGGCGCCGGCGGCGACAACGGCGGCCUCGGCACAGUCGGCGGCGGUGCGGCCGGCAGCCAUCACCCGGUCCUACAGGCGUUCUAUUCGGUCCAGGGCUCUUGGUCGUUAUGGGCCCUGUCCGCCCUGACUACGAUGCUCGGCCGUGUGGGUUUUGACGCCCAUUGGCUAAGUGACACGCUGGCGGGUACGGCACUGAGUGUGGCGCUGGUUUCGGGGCUGGCGAACGCCACGGAGCGGCUCUCAGCGGCUGCGUCGUCAUCGUCGCCUUCAUCAUCAUCUGGGAGGGCGGGACUGUAGGAGGGCCGCAGCAGGGGCGGCCGUGAGGGUGUUGUGCAUGUAUGGAUGCAUGCAUGUAUGCCUGUAUGUAUGCUUGUAUGUUCAUGACUAUGGGGUUUUGUCAGCUGGAACACAUGCGACAAGCGAACACGAACCUGAUGUCGCAGUGAUCUGAACUGCGAUAUAAAAAAGCACAUGUAAUAUAGUUGUGUAUACUCUCAAUGUUUUGUGCGCAGCGAUGUACUUAUAUACAUACAUACAUAUGUAGCGUGUGAUACGCGUGUGUGGGUCGAGGACAUAUCUGCUGAUGGGAGGAUGGUUGGAGGACGUAGGGGGACGGAGGUAGGGGGGUGGCGGCAUUACAUAGCUUCGUCAAGAUACGUAUGUUGUAAUGUUUGUAUAUCGUC